ACUGAACUUCUGUUCUUUCUGGCAGCCAUGGCAGUCUUUUAUCAUCUUCGGCUGGUGUCUCUAACCGUGCUGAUGCUGGUGUCUCUGCUGGACUUUUCCAGUGCUGCUGUUGUUGUGUCUGGUUUACGAGGAUAUAACCUGCCUGGUGAUAGUUUGGGAAAUGCACCCGAUCCAUAUGUCAAGAUCUUUUGCGGUGGUGAAUACAAGAAAACUAAUUAUUUCCAGGGUAAACGUGAUCCUGAGUGGACAUCAAGCUACAGCUUCUCAGGCUGUAAAUCUGGUCAUACACUAGAGCUGCAGGUGUGGGACCAAGACGUCAAAUUUGAUGAUCUCUUGGGCUCGUCUAGUAUAACAGUGAGACCUGGAACUAACUCUGGUAGUUUUUCUGUGGGCAAAGGAAAAAUGAAUUUCAGAUAUAGUGUAAAAUAAAUCUGUUCCAAAUCAGCAUUUUGUAAAGUUGCUUUGAGACAAAUUUCCUCUGUAUGAAGCUUAGCAAUAAUAAAGUAGAAAAGCAUGCAUUGAUGAA